AUGAACGACAAAGAAAAGGACAACAAUUCAAUCAACGGUUCAGUCCAGUCUUUCCGUAUCAAUGACCAUGAGGAAGACCUCUCCACUGUCCAAAUUGAUCCCAAAGAAGAAAAAAAGCUAGUGCGAAAGCUAGACCUAUUCAUAUGUCCUGUUUUGGGCUUCUCCUACUUCUUAUCUUUUUUAGACAGAAGCAACAUUGGAAAUGCAGCCUCAGGCGGAAUGGUAGAAGACUUGAACAACAUGCCCUCGAAUGGCAUUAACAUUGCAACCAGUGUGUUCUACGUACUCUACGUCCUGUUUGAAGCACCUCUAUCAAGUCUUAUGAAAAGAUUUCCGGUAAGAUAUAUGAUGAGCGCUAUAAUGAUUUUGUGGGGCGCUGUAGUCAUUGGCAGUGGUUUUCAGGAAAAUUUUGCAACUCUAGUUGCUCUGAGGCUCAUUUUAGGUGCUUUUGAGGCCGCUCUUUUCCCUUGCCUUGCUAUUUACAUCACAUUUUUUUACAAAAGAAACGAGAUUGCAUUUAGGACAGCAAUGUUGUUUGUCGCAGCAGCCAUCUCUUCCGCAUUCGGUGGCCUUAUCUCCUCUGGACUUUUACAAUUGAAUGGUGGUGGUUUAAAAGGAUGGCAGAUUCUCUACCUAUUUGAAGGCUUGCUCACCGUCGUUUGGGGCAUCGUGCUCUUCUUCCUUCUGGCAGAGGAUAGUCAAUCGGCCUGGUAUCUCAAUGAGAGGGAGAAAUAUCUAAUGCAAGUGAGGUAUGCACACGGGGCAAAGUAUCAGUUCAUGGGUGAUUAUAAGACAGAAGUGAAAAAAUGUCUCAAAGACCCAGCCGUAUACUACUCUUGCAUCGCGCAGCUGGGCGCUGACACUUGUCUAUUUGGAUAUUCCACAUUCCUCGUGCUAAUUAUUCAAGACCUAGGAUUCAAUUACGUGAAUGCCAAUCUUCUCUCGGCUGCGAAUUAUUGUUGGGCUGCGAUCGUUUAUGUCAUAUGCGCCAUGGUUGCUGACCGCUACAAUCACAGAGUACCGAUGCUGAUCACAGCGUCUCUUAUUACUGUUGCCGGAUAUGCCAUCUUGCUUGGCGUUGAUGAUAUAGUCGGUGUACAAUACUUCGCAUGCUUUGUCUGCGGGACAGGAAUAUACGUAACAGUUGGCCUUAAUCUAACAAUGUGGAACACCAACGCGAGCGGUGUAACUAAGCGCUCAACUGGAAUGGGAAUGAACCAGAGUUUUGGUAACAUUGGUGGUAUCAUUGCAGGCCAAAUCUACACUACCAACAGGAUUGGACACGCUGUCAGUAUGUCAGUGAUGGCUAUGUCAUGCGUCCUGUAUGCUGCCCAGUGGGUCAACUACACAGCACGGAACAAACGCAAGGAAGCCAUGACGCAGGAGGAAAAAGAUGAACAAGAUAGAAAUGGCGUUACUGGUGAUGAACGUUAUGAUUUCAAAUAUGUUAUGUGA